AGAAGAGAGAUGGAGGUGUCAUCUCUGCAUCCAUGCAAGGGCUGCACCCCCUGGCAGGGCCUUCUUCUCACAGCCUCCCUUUUAACCUGCUGGCACCUGUCCACCACUGCCCAAGUUACCAUUGAAUCAGUGCCGCCCCAAGUGGUUGAAGGAGAAAACGUCCUUCUACGUGUCAACAAUCUGCCAGAGAAUCUUAUAGCUUUUUCCUGGUACAAGGAAGCGAGGAAUAUGAACCUCAGAAUUGCACUAUUUGCACUGGACACAAAUCUAAGUGUGAUGGGGCCUGAACAAAGUGACAGAGAAACAGUGUACAGCAAUGGAUCCCUGUGGCUUAAAAAUGUCACCAAGAAGGACACAGGAUUCUAUACCCUACAAACAGUAAAGAGAGGUGGAAAAAUUGUAUCUACAACAACCAUGUACUUCCAUGUGUACCCCUCCCUUUAUACCUGUGGGCACCCUCCCCCCUCUGCCCAGCCCACUAUUGAAUCAGUGCCACCCAGUGUUGCUGAAGGGGGAAGUGUUCUUCUCCUCGUUCACAAUCUCCCAGAGAAUCUUCAAGCUCUUUACUGGUAUAAAGGGGUGAUUGCAUACAAAAAGUUUGAAAUUGCCCGACACAUAAGACAAAUAGAUUCAAGUUUGCAGGAGCCAGCACACAGUGGUAGAGAGGCAUUGUUCAGCAAUGGAUCCCUGCUGCUCCAUAAUGUCACCUGGAAGGAUGCUGGAUUCUACACCCUACGAACUCUGACUACAGAUCUAAAAGCUGAAGAAGCCCAUGUGCAACUCGAGGUGGACACCUCUGUUUCUACAUGCUCUAACUCUCCAGCCUCCACCCAAGUCACAAUCAAAUCAGUGCCUCAGUAUGUUGCUGAAGGGGAAAGCGUUCUUCUCUUAGUUCAUAAUCUGCCAGAAGAUCUUCAAGAAUUUUACUGGUACAAAUCAGUGUAUAGGACAGACAUUUUUGAAAUUGCAAAAUACAGCAAAGCCACGAAUUCCACCAUCUGGGGGCUUGCACAUAGUCAAAGAGAAAUGGUGUACACCAAUGGAUCCCUUUUGAUCAAGGACAUCACUAAGAAAGAUGCAGGAUUAUACAUGCUAGAAACUUUGAACAAAGAUUACAAAAUUGAGAAAGCAUUUGUGCAACUCCAUGUGAACACCUCCCUUUUCACCUACUGGCAUCCUCCCCUCUCUGCCCAGCCCACUAUUGAAUCAGUGCCACCCAGUGUUGCUGAAGGGGGAAGUGUUCUUUUACUUGUUCACAAUCUCCCAGAGAAUCUUCAAGCUCUUUACUGGUAUAAAGGGGUGAUGGCAUACAAGAAGUUUGAGAUUGCCCGACACAUAAGACAAAUAGAUUCAAGUGUGCUGGGCCCAGCACACAGUGGUAGAGAGGCAUUGUUCAGCAAUGGAUCCCUGCUGCUCCAUAAUGUCACCUGGAAGGAUGCUGGAUUCUACACCCUACGAACUCUGACUACAGAUCUAAAAGCUGAAGAAGCCCAUGUGCAACUCGAGGUGGACACCUCUGUUUCUACAUGCUCUAACUCUCCAGCCUCCACCCAAGUCACAAUCAAAUCAGUGCCUCAGUAUGUUGCUGAAGGGGAAAGCGUUCUUCUCUUAGUUCAUAAUCUGCCGGAAGAUCUUCAAGAAUUUUACUGGUACAAAUCAGUGUAUAGGACAGACGUCUUUAAAAUUGCAGAAUACAACAGAGCCACGAAUUCCACCAUCUGGGGCCUUGCACACAGCCAAAGAGAAAUGGUGUACACCAAUGGAUCCCUGCUGAUCAAGGGCAUCACUGAGAAAGAUGCAGGAUUAUACAUGCUAGAAACUUUGAACAAAGAUUACAGAAUUGAAAAAACAUUUGUGCAACUCCAUGUGAACAAGCCUGUGGCACAGCCCUUCAUUCGAGUCAUUGACACCACAGUCACAGUACAGAGCUCUGUGGUCUUUACAUGCUUCUCAUCUGACCCUGGAAUCUCCAUCCACUGGAUCUUCAAUAACCAGAGUCUGCAGCUCACAGACAGGAUGAUUCUGUCCUCCCAAAAGUGCCAACUCUACAUUUAUGCUGUCAGGAUGGAGGAUGCUGGAGAGUAUAAGUGUGAGGUCUCCAACCCAGUCAGUUCAAAGACUAGCCUUCCAGUCAGCCUGGUGGUGAAGAAAGAGUGA